AUGAAUCAAAAACCAAUUUGGGAAGAUAGAGAAGUUAAAUUCGACAUAUCCUCUAUUUAUAAAACAAUCCGCAGUGGCGAGGUCAUUCUCGAUGUGUUGGAUUCCGUUGAAGAUACCAAAGGAAACAGAGGUGAUUGUGGGCGAAUUCUGGCUACCAAUUUGCGCGUCAUAUGGUACUCGGUGACUUCCCAUCGAUUUAGCUUGUCCAUCGGAUACUCCUGUAUACUGACAAUGAACACCAAAACGGUCGUAUCGAAGCUCCGAGGUACCACUCAAGCUUUGUACAUACUCUGUGUGGGAUCAAAUUCGCGUUUUGAGUUUAUCUUUACGAAUCUAAUGGCAAUGAAUUCGAAGCACUUUGCCUCUAUUUUCGACAUAUAUCGUCUCUACCAGGGUUCGACCAUAUAUCGAGAACUGAAGCUGCGCUCCUCAAUAGUGAUGUCAGGUCAGCUGCAGGUUCAACCACAAGAACAGAUCUUCAACACCAUCAACGGCGUCUGGAACCUUUCGAGUGACCAAGGGAAUCUCGGUAUACUGAUCAUCAGUAAUGUUCGAAUAGUGUGGUACGCCGAAAUGAAUAAUAGCUUCAACAUAUCCCUGCCGUACAUGCAGAUAGGAAGUUUGCGCAUCCGUGAAUCAAAAUACGGACAAGCCCUAGUGAUCCAGACCCUCGAAACGGGCGGUUCGUAUGUCCUGGGCUUUCGUAUAGAUCCCCCAGAACGUUUGCGAGACGUAUACAAAGAGUUGCUUUCAUUGCACAGUGUAUACACCGAGACCCCUGUGUUCGGAGUGUUUUAUAAAGCUCCGGCCGAUGUAGCUCGUCCAGCGACAGAAUUGAACGAUGAUAUCGAGGAACUUGAUUCUACUGUUGGAAGCGAGAUCAAUUCCAAGUUUACUGCCUACCUGGCCGAUACGAACGCAUGUGACGCACCGGGGACUAAACGAAAACCUUUCUAUUGCAAAGAACUUGGUUUUGCGAUGGAGUCUCUUAAGGAUGGCUACACUAUUAAAGAUUUGUGGGAUGUACUGCCUUCCCAGUAGAAAACGUAA